UGUUAUGCUUUGGCAUUUCGUGAGACUGAGAGUGAGACUUGGAGUAGUUUCAACCAUAUCUCCAUUGCGUUCGCGUUCGUUUUCGCUUUCAAUUUUCUCUGCUUCUUCAUCUUCGUCGUCGUCCAUGGCCGCCGCCACGGAAGAAUCCCUCCGCAAAGCCCUCGCCGAGAAGCAAUCCGCCGUGGAAGCCCAAGGCAACGCCGUCCGCGCCCUCAAGGCCAGCGGCGCCGCCUCCAAGUCCGAAAUCGAAGCGGCCGUGGAAGCCCUAAACGCACUCAAGCUGGGAAAGUCUUCCAUCGAGAAAGACCUGCAUGCAUUCUCCGGCUCAGGCGGCGCCGACAACCGGGAAGCUUUCCGUCAAUCGGUGGCGAACGCUCUUGAGAGGCGUUUGUUCUACAUCCCUUCGUUCAAGAUUUAUCGUGGUGUUGCGGGGCUCUACGAUUAUGGCCCUCCAGGUUGCGCCGUGAAAUCAAACGUGCUAGGGUUCUGGCGUGAGCAUUUCGUCCUGGAAGAGAACAUGCUGGAAGUUGAUUGCCCUUGUUUGACGCCCGAAAUUGUGUUUAAGGCUUCAGGUCACCUUGAAAAAUUCACUGAUCUGAUGGUUAAGGAUGAGAUAACUGGGACAGGUCACCGUGCUGAUCACUUGCUGAAGAAUUUUUGCAAAAACAAGCUUGAGAAAGACCUCACCAUAUCAUCCAAUGAGGCUGCGGAACUCAAGCAUGUGUUGGCCAUUUUAGAUGAUCUCUCUGCUGAAGAGCUUGGUGCUAAGAUUAAGGAGUAUGGAAUUACAGCUCCAGACACAAACAAUCCACUCUCUGAUCCAUAUCCUUUCAAUUUGAUGUUUCAAACAUCAAUUGGACCAUAUGCCGCUAGUGUUGGGUUUAUGCGUCCCGAAACUGCACAAGGCAUAUUUGUGAAUUUCAAGGACUUGUAUUAUUACAAUGGGAACAAACUCCCAUUUGCUGCAGCACAAAUUGGACAGGCGUUUAGAAAUGAGAUAUCUCCUCGCCAAGGCCUUCUCAGAGUCCGUGAAUUUACGCUAGCAGAAAUUGAGCACUUUGUUGAUCCAGAAGAUAAAUCUCAUCCAAAAUUCUCACAAGUUGCUGACUUGAAGUUUUUGAUGUUCCCGAGGGAGGAACAAGUGAAACAGCCCCCUCCGCCUGCAAAGAACAUUCGUCUUGGUGAAGCUGUCUCAAAGGGAAUUGUCAAUAAUGAGACUCUUGGUUAUUUCAUCGGGAGAGUAUAUCUUUUCUUGACGAGUCUUGGUAUAGACAAAGACCGUUUAAGAUUUAGGCAACACCUUAAAAAUGAGAUGGCCCAUUAUGCUGGUGACUGUUGGGAUGCUGAGAUUGAGUGUUCCUAUGGCUGGAUUGAGUGUGUUGGCAUUGCCGAUAGAUCUGCAUAUGACUUGAAUGCUCACUCGGAGAAAAGCGGUGUUCCACUAGUGGCUCAUGAAAAGUUUUCAGAACCUAAGGAAGUGGAGAAAUUGGUUAUAGCUCCAGUAAAGAAAGAGUUGGGUCUGGCGUUCAAAGGGGAUCAAAAGAAGGUGGUUGAAGCACUUGAGGCAAUGCAUGAGGAAGAAGCUUUAGAUAUGAAGGCUGCACUGGAAUCAAAAGGGGAAGUGGAGUUUAAUGUGUGUACACUUGAGAAAACUGUGACUGUUAAGAAGAAUAUGGUGACCAUUCAGAAGGAGAAAAAGAAAGAGCACCAGCGAGUUUUUAUACCAUCUGUGAUUGAACCAUCCUUUGGAAUUGGACGGAUAAUUUAUUGCCUCUUUGAACACUCUUUCUACAUGAGGCCAAGUAAAGCUGGGGAUGAACAGUUAAAUGUAUUUCGCUUCCCUUCAUUUGUGGCUCCUAUUAAGUGCACAGUUUUCCCUCUGGUUCAGAAUCAGAAGUAUGAAGAGGUCGCCAAAGACAUUUCCAAGUCAUUGACUGCAGCUAAAAUUUCGCAUAAGAUUGACAUUACAGGUACGUCAAUAGGAAAACGGUAUGCGAGAACAGAUGAACUUGGUGUGCCCUUUGCUAUCACUGUAGAUUCAACAUCAUCAGUGACUAUACGGGAGAGGGAUAGCAAGGAUCAAGUGCGUGUUGAUGUGGACAAAGCUGCAAUUGUUGUGAAGGAGGUAACUGAAGGCCAGAGGACAUGGUCAGAUGUGUGGUCAACUUUUCCCCAUCAUUCUUCUACAGCUGCAGAUGAUUGAAUUUUAGUUUCUUGCUAAAAAUUUUGUUAUGUUAUUUGAACAAUGAAUUGAACUACAGAGAGAUUACCAAUUAUCAACUAGAUUCCCAUUUCUUUUUGUUUUGAUGAAGUUCCUGCAACAUAUGUACUGAAUGACUGUCAUUUUGCAGUUGUUAAAGAUGUUAGUCAUAGAGAUAGAUGUUAUUUUGACA